AAGCAAACCCCUACGUUUCCAAUUUCAAAAUCCACCGCGAAGCGGGAAAAGAACAUUAAUCUAUUAUGAUGAUUGUUUCUGAUGAAAAUUUAGAGAAAGGGUAGCUUAGUAAACAGCGAAAGGGAAAGGCAAAAGAAAUUGGAUAGGAAGAAAAAGGUUUGAAAAUGGCGGAGAAGAAGAAAGCAAUGAGUCUGAACGAGCGUCACAACCGUCUCCUCCAAGACCUAUCUGCUCAGCCAUCAAAGCACAAGCCAGAACAACAACCCUCAGCUCAAAACCACGCCCUUCUUUCAUUCUCAACCAUCUCUGAUUUUCAUUCUCCUCCAGAAGAAGCAAAAGAAGAAGAAAAGCCAGUCAAAGUAAAGCUCCAAGGUAGACGCCGACUCUGCAAACUUUCAUCGAAUGACGAUGAUGAAAAUACCAAAACUGGAGAUGGAUUUUACGAACCGAAAUUUUCUGAAAUUUCCGAUUUCGAUUCGCCUCAUCAUUGCAGCAAUGCUGGUGGAAAUGAAAUUAGGGGUAUUCUCAAUGACUUGAGCUCGAGGCUUGACUCUCUGUCCAUAGAAACAAAGAGAAAUCCUAAAAGGGCUGACCAGACUCGGGAAUCUUUAAAUUUUGCUGCUGCUGAUGUGGCUAUCAAUCAAGAAAAGAAACUUGAUGUGCCCGAGUAUGCAAGCGCAUCUUCCUCAUUUUCUGUUACUUCUGAUGGGGCUGAUUCUUCGCCAGAUGCAGCCUGGGUUGGAGAUGGUGUUGACAAUGCAGUGGAUGAUCAUGAAGCGGGGAGUGAGGUUGGAAGCGUGCAUGAUGUUGAUAACUUCAUCAGUAGGGUACAUGGAAAUAGGCACAACGGUGAAGCGGCAAACUCCAGAAGGGUGAAUGUGAACUCUGUGCCUAUGGGGCAAUCUUCCGUUUGUGAUUUCGAAGAAGAAGAAGAAGAUGGUAAUAGCGAUGAUUGUGUAAUUUUGAGUGGCAAAAAAGUUGUUGAAGCAGCGGUCAGCCGAGGGAGCAAGUUUAAGGAAGAGUAUGAUGAUUCAGAUGUGGUUGAUGUAUUGGAUGAUUGUACUGAUGGUUCCGUUUUGGAGGAUGAGAGUGCCAUCACUUUGAGUGGUCCUAGAUCUACCUAUAAGUUGCCUGGUAAAAUUGCAAAAAUGUUAUAUCCACAUCAACGUGAUGGGUUGAAGUGGCUAUGGUCUCUACAUUGUCAGGGUAAGGGCGGGAUCUUAGGUGAUGACAUGGGUCUAGGAAAAACAAUGCAGAUUUGUGGGUUUUUAGCUGGAUUAUUUCAUUCCUGUUUGAUUCGGAGGGCAGUGGUUGUGGCCCCCAAAACAUUACUGUCUCAUUGGAUCAAGGAGUUAUCAGCUGUGGGGCUUUCUGAGAAGACAAGAGAAUACUAUGGGACUUGUACAAAAACACGGCAAUAUGAACUGCAGUAUGUACUUCAGGAUAAAGGGGUGCUUCUCACAACUUAUGAUAUUGUGCGGAACAAUUCAAAAUCGUUAUGUGGGGGCAACUACUUUCAUGAUAAGAGAAGUGAGGAUGAUUUCACCUGGGAUUAUAUGAUACUUGAUGAGGGACAUCUCAUAAAGAAUCCCAGUACACAAAGGGCUAAAAGUUUGAUGGAAAUACCUUGUGCUCAUCGUAUUGUUGUUAGUGGCACACCAAUACAAAACAAUCUUAAGGAAUUAUGGGCGUUAUUUAGCUUUUGUUGCCCCGAGCUUUUGGGUGACAAGAAUUGGUUUAAGGUCAAAUAUGAGUCUCCCAUUCUUCGUGGAAAUGACAAAAAUGCUUCUGAUAGGGAAAAACAUAUUAGUUCAAGAGUUGCAAAGGAGCUUAGAGAACGUAUUCAACCUUAUUUCUUGCGUCGCUUAAAGAAUGAGGUAUUUCAUGAAGAUGAUGCCUCAGAAACUGCCAAACUUUCUAAAAAGAAUGAGAUUAUCGUGUGGCUAAGAUUGACAAGUUGCCAGCGACAACUAUAUGAAGCUUUUUUGAACAGUGAGAUCGUUCUUUCAGCUUUUGAUGGCUCACCAUUGGCUGCAAUUACGAUUCUGAAAAAAAUAUGUGAUCAUCCCCUCCUCUUAACAAAAAGAGCCGUUGAAGAUGUGUUGGAAGGAAUGGAUUCAAUGCUAAAUCAAGAUGACCUUGGUAUGGCGUCGAAGUUAGCGAUGCACUUAGCAACCGCCUAUGAGAGAGAUGAUUUCCUGGAGAAGAAUGACAACGUUUCAUGCAAAAUGUCUUUUAUAUUAGCUUUACUGGAUACUUUAAUUCCAGAGGGGCAUAAUGUUCUUAUCUUUUCUCAAACUCGCAAGAUGCUUAAUCUCAUUGAGGAAUUGCUAAUAUCCAAUGGUUACAAGUUCUUACGCAUUGACGGUACCACAAAAGCUAAUGACAGAGUGAAGAUUGUUAAUGAUUUCCAAGACGGUGUUGGGGCUCCUAUAUUUCUCCUGACAUCUCAAGUUGGUGGUUUGGGCCUCACUUUAACAAAAGCAGACCGUGUGAUUGUGGUUGAUCCAGCUUGGAACCCAAGUACGGAUAACCAAAGUGUUGACCGUGCUUACCGAAUUGGCCAAACAAAGGACGUCAUUGUGUACAGGUUAAUGACAUGUGGCACCAUUGAAGAAAAGAUAUAUAGAAAGCAGAUAUUCAAGGGGGGAUUGUUUAGAACUGCAACUGAACACAAAGAACAAACUCGGUACUUCAGCCAACAGGACCUUCAAGAGCUUUUCAGCCUCCCUAAACAUGGAUUUGAUGUCUCUGUCACUCAGCAACAAUUGCAUGAAGAGCAUGAUCACCAACACAAUAUGGAUGAGUCUCUGAAAGAACACAUAAAGUUCUUAGAAACUCAAGGUAUAGCAGGAGUUAGCCAUCACAAUUUGCUUUUCUCCAAGACAGCACGCGUACUAGUUGUAGAUGAAGAAGAGGAAGUUGCAAGGGCCAGCAGGACGGGAACUACAUCUGUCAUGAACAAAUCUGCAGGCUCUUCACACGAACAAGAUGUUGAAUGGGCUCAGUAUGCUUUCAAGCCAAAGGAGGUGAAUCUGCAUAAGACAAAUUCUUCUGCAGACAGUGCAGGUAAACUGACAGAAUCAGAGAUCAAAGGGAGAAUUAAUCGCCUGUCUCAAAUUUUGGCAAAUAAGGCUACAGUUUCAAAGUUACCAGACAAGGGAGAGAGGAUACAAAAGCAGAUUGCUGAACUGAACUCAGAGCUUGAUAAGAUGAGGAUGACAAAAAGAAUUGAAACGGAAGUUAUUGAUUUGGAUGAUGUGACCGGAAAGCUUGCGAAUGUGCUGAACCUGUAGAUGUUUGUUAUUGAGGAAGUGGAAAUCUUGGGGAAAAAGAAAAUUGUAUGUUUUAACAAGUGAAGUGAACAAUCAACAAUACCCAUUAGAAAAAUAGGAGCACCUGUUUUUCAUCUUGUAGCUCCACAAGAAUAGCCUUUCAGGUUGCACUUCUGCAAUCUAUGGGUGAGUUAGAAGGUUUUAAAAAUUACUAUUGCUAGUUAGUUUACUUGGCAAGAGAGGCCAUCAUUAUUAUUAUUUUGAUAAAUGAUGAAACUAUUAUUGUAAAUUUAAAUGUUUUAAGUUUGAGAUUUUA